ACACUUCCGGUAAAAUAGCUGCCCCUGCCCCUGCCCCUGCCCCUCACUAAAUCAUCACUAGAUCAGAUCGACGGUCCACGUCGGCGGACCUAACUCACUAUUCAAAUUCACUUUUAUUUUUUAAUCUCGUUUACCUUCUCUCCACUCUUGCCUAAUUCAGCGCCCAACUCCGCUAUAGAGAGAGUCUGACGCAGCCAAACGACGCCGGUUUGUCGUCUCUCCGCUACUCCUUCAAGGUUCUUCAAAAUCUGUGCCGUUUUCGUUUUGUCCGAGAGAAGUUGACGGAUCCGACGACCUUUUUUAGCUCACUGCAGCAUCUUCUCCCAGAUCUGACGUUGUCUUGAUAACUAGAUCAUUUUCUAUCGAUUUCAAGCAACUCAGUGAAAAAGAAAAAGGUGUGAGACUUCAAUCAACGGUAGAGAUGGCGCCGAGCACGAUUCGGAAAGCGAUCGGGGCCGUUAAAGAUCAAACUAGCAUUGGAAUAGCUAAGGUAGCGAGCAACAUGGCUCCAGACCUCGAAGUUGCUAUAGUGAAAGCCACGAGCCACGACGACGAUCCGGCCGACGAGAAAUACAUUCGCGAGAUCCUCAACUUAACCUCAUACUCGCGUGGCUAUGUUCACGCUUGUGUAUCGGCCGUCUCAAAGCGUCUGGGCAAGACACGUGACUGGAUUGUGGCACUAAAGGCUCUCACGCUUGUACACCGGCUAUUAAACGACGGGGAUCCGAUAUUUCAAGAGGAAAUCUUGUACGCAACUAGAAGAGGAGCAAGGCUCUUGAACAUGUCGGAUUUUAGAGAUGAAGCUCAUUCGAGCUCGUGGGACCACUCAGCUUUUGUCAGAACUUAUGCCAUGUAUUUGGAUCAAAGACUUGAACUUGUUCUGUUUGAUAGAAAGGGCGGUUCCAAUUCUGUUUCGGGUUCAGGUAGUCAUCAUUAUGGAUUUGGAUCUAGAUAUGGGGAUGAUUUUCGGUCUCCCCCUCCGAGACCUAACGAGUAUGAUUAUGGAGACUUUAGAGGUGAUAGUGGUUAUGGCAAUUAUGGAAUGACGAGGAGAUCAAGAUCAUAUGGAGAUAUGAGUGAGGCCACUGGACGGGAAGAGAAAUCAGCAGUGGUGACUCCAUUGAGAGAAAUGAAGCCAGAGAGGAUAUUUGGAAAAAUGGGGCAUUUGCAGAGACUGUUGGAUCGGUUCCUGUCAUGCAGGCCCACAGGUCUAGCUAAGAAUAAUAGGAUGGUUUUGAUUGCUUUGUAUCCGAUGGUGAAAGAGAGUUUUCAGAUUUAUGCAGACAUAUGUGAAGUUUUGGCUGUGUUGCUUGAUAAGUUUUUUGAUAUGGAGUAUACAGACUGUGUUAAGGCCUUUGAUGCAUAUGCACGUGCAGCAAAGCAGAUUGAUGAGCUGGUUGCUUUUUAUAAUUGGUGCAAGGAUACUGGUGUGGCGAGAUCCUCUGAGUAUCCUGAUGUUCAGAGGAUUACCAGCAAGUUAUUAGAGACUUUGGAAGAGUUUGUGAGGGAUAGAGCCAAGAGGCCCAAGAGUCCAGAGAGGAAAGAAUUGGAGGCUCCUCCACAGGAGGAACCAGUACCAGACAUGAAUGAGAUAAAGGCAUUGCCUCCUCCAGAGAAUUACACUCCUCCACCACCACCUGAACCCGAGCCUAAACCUGAACCUGAACCUCAGAAACCACAAGUGACGGAAGAUUUGGUGAAUUUGAGGGAUGAUACAGUUACAGCAGAUGAUCAGGGGAAUAAGUUGGCCUUGGCUUUUUUUAAUGGGCCUGCGGCUAAUGGUAAUGGAUCAUGGGAAGCAUUUCCAUCAAAUGGGGAGCAGGUUACCUCAGCUUGGCAAACCCCAGCCGCUGAACCUGGUAAGGCAGAUUGGGAAUUGGCAUUGGUUGAGUCUGCCAGCAAUUUGUCAAGACAGAAAGCAGCAUUGGGUGGUGGGUUUGACCCAUUGUUGUUGAAUGGCAUGUAUGAUCAGGGAAUGGUGAGGCAACACGUGAGCACAACUCAAUUGAGUGGUGGAAGUGCAAGUAGUGUUGCAUUGCCAGGGCCAGGGAAAACUGCAACACCAGUAUUGGCUCUCCCGGCUCCUGAUGGAACAGUUCAGACAGUUAAUGAGGACCCAUUUGCCGCAUCAUUGAGCAUUCCACCUCCUUCUUAUGUGCAAAUGUCUGAUAUGGAGAAGAAACAGCAGUUGGUAGUUCAAGAGCAGUUGGUAUGGCAGCAGUAUGCAAGGGAUGGAAUGCGAGGUGAAGCUAGUUUAGCCAAGCUCACUGGUACUGGAUCCUACAAUGCAGGUCCUAUGCCUGUGAUCCCUUAUGGAAUGCCACCAGUAAACGGGAUGGGACCACCAGCAGGGUAUUACUAUACUCCUUACUGAUUUUUACCACAUAUAUUAGAGACUAUAUUCCCCUUGUCUGUCAUUAUGUUUUUACUUCUGUGAUUUCUUUUCUUAUGUGAUAUGAUAUGACUCUUUCAUUUUGUGCACAAAACUGGGGUAAGGGGGAGAGAUGGGAUCAGUUUGUAAUCCAUUGUGAUAUCUUUCUGUGCUUUUGUAAUAUUAGAAUUUGUUGGCAACUUGUUAA